AUGACCGAUCAAGACAUUCAUCGAAGUAAAUACAGCGAACUCAGAGAUAUCUAUAAAUACCACAUUGACUCAUAUAUUGCCUUGUAUCAGCUAAAAACAGGAAAUGACGAAGAUUUUAACUCGAUUUACAAAAUGAUCAAAACAGAAUUGAUUGAUUCAAAGAGAUAUUUCCUCAAAAUUAUUAUCAAGGAUAUUUUAAAUGUCAUUAAGUAUAACAACCGCUAUACAAAGUCAUACUUGAAACUUGCAAAAUUCAUCACUGAUGACUAUCAUGUAACAAAUGUACCCGACAUUGAAGAUAUUCCUAAAUACAUGUUUUAUAAAGAAUAUGGAAUUAAAUUAGACUAUUCUGACGCUUACAAAAAUAUGAAAUUAGUAAAUUUCAACCUACAUUCAGAAAACACAACUUAA